GAAUCGUAUAUCUACUUCGUUUUGAGUAUAAUGAAUGUAAAGACGUAAAAAGAAAAUGGUGAUGUUCCAUGGCGGGAAAAGUUUAUGCGUUGGAAGCUAUCAGUUCUGUAAGAAGCAGUUGCCAUAUUUUCAUUUAUGAAGCAAUAUAAUAUUUGGAUAUUAAGUUAAGAUUAUACUUUUAAAACCAUGGCAAAUGAUGUUAGAAGUAGAACAAAAAGGAAAUCUGGAGGAACAGAUGAAUGCCCUUCAAAACGGUCAAGAGGAAAAGAUGAUGCUUUUCAUUUUACGAAAGAAUGUAAAACUGGCAAAAUAAAAAAAAUUCUAGUACGAAAUUUUAUGUGCCAUGAUGCCCUGGAAGUAAUAUUAAAUCCAAAUGUAAAUUUUAUCAUUGGUCGCAACGGAAGCGGAAAAAGUGCGAUAUUAACAGCAUUGACGGUCGGCCUUGGUGCAAAAGCAAAUAUUACUAGUCGCGGUGCAUCUGUAAAAAAUUUCAUAAAGAAGGGGAAAAACUCGGCAAUAAUUGAAGUAUUGUUACUUAACACGGGUCCUAUGGCUUAUAAAUCAGAUAUUUACGGUGAUUCGAUAACAGUUACUCGUAAUAUUGGAAGUGCGUCGUCUUACAAAAUAAGGAAUUGGAAAGGGGAUGUGGUAUCUACAAAACGAAAAGAGUUAGAUAAUAUAUUAAGAGCGAUGAAUAUUCAGAUAGAUAAUCCUAUUGCUGUAUUGAAUCAAGACAUAUCAAGAACUUUCCUGGUAUCCUCCAAAUCUGAAGAAAAAUAUGAACUCUUUAUGAAAGCAACAUUCUUAGAUAUAAUUGGUAAUAAUUACAAAGAAGCUGAAUUAACGUGCCAAGAGGAAUAUGGAAAGCUACAACAGUACAAUGAGACUUUGUCUGAAGCAAGAAACGAAGUGGAGCAACUUAAAGAAAAUAUAAAGAGAGCAGAGGGAAUUGAUAAAUUGCGCGAUGAAGUCGUUAAUCUUGAUAAGGAAUUACUUUGGGCCAUUGCCAUAAGGGAGGAAAAAAAAUUACAAAAAGUUGAGGAAGUUUUCAAACAUUGUGAGAAUAGUUUAAAAGAACUUCAAGAUUCUGAAUCAUCUACUGAAGCAAAAGAGGAAGAAAUAAAUAAGAAAAUUCAAACAUUGGAGCAAGAAAUAAAACAAGCAGAGCAUGAAAUUAAUAGUAGUUCUGAAGCGUAUAAUAAAGUGAGACAAAAGCACUCUGUAAAUAAAGAUACGCAUGCCACUAAAGUACACGAGUGGCGUAGCAUACAAAGUAAAAUAAAACGAUUUGAGGACGAUAUUAAGAUGAUUCAAAAAGAAAUACAACGAUUAGAAAGCGGUGACAAUGCAGAGCAGAAUAAAAGAAACGAAAUGAAACAACAAUUGGCAAAUUUUCAAGAAAAGCUAAACGAGGUGGAAGCAUUAUUACGGACUAAGAAAACUUACAAAAUGCAAUUAGAAAGUGAUGAAAUGCGUCUUCUAAAAGAAAUUCAAAGUUCAAAGCUUGAAAUUAACAGUUGUGAAAAUCGUAUGCAAAAAAUUAAACGAGAAUUAAGUGCAAGGAAACAGUGUUCUGAUAAUGCAUUGACCGUAUUCGGUCGACAUAUACCACGUUUAUUGAGAAGAAUCGAUGAAGAGCAUGCUAGCGGACAGUUUAAAGAAAAACCACGCGGACCUCUCGGAAAAUACAUAAAAAUAAAAGAUCCAACGUGGGCUCCCGCGGUGGAAAAUUAUUUAGGAAGUGAUACUUUCACUACAUUCUGUGUAGAUAAUAGUUACGAUGCCAAAGUAUUAAAUAGAAUUAUGAAAGAAAUCUACCUGAACGAUAAAACACCGCAGAUCAUAUGCAGUAAAUUUUAUCAUAAAGUUCAUGAUGUUGGUGCUCAUUGUACUUAUUCACCAAAUUAUUCUAAUCUCUUAAACAUAAUGGAUAUAUCAGAUCCGGUUGUUGCCAAUUGUUUAAUUGAUCAACGCGAAGUUGAAUGUGUCAUGUUAAUUCCAACUAGUACAGAAGCAGCUGAUAUAAUGUCAGACUCAUCUAAAGUACCACGAAAUUGUAAAAGAGCUUUCACUCAACAAGGUGACACUUUUUAUCCGGAUCCACAUUAUAGGACCUACGGCGGACCACGUUAUUUAAAAUCGAAAUUUCUUCAAGUUUCUGUUAGAGAUACAAUCAAUGCAUUGGAAGAAGAGAUUUCUACUGUAGAGAAUGAAAAACAAAUGGCGAUGCAAUCAUAUGGCACACUUGUUGAAAAACAGAAACGUAUAAGAGCCGAGUUAAUAUCUGUCAGCGAAAAUAUUACAAAACUUAAUGCUAAUCAGAAUCGGUGCAAGGCAUCGAUUAAUGACCUAAAAGAAGAAAUUGAAUCGAACGAAACCGCCUCUAUCGCUUUAUUUAAAAGUGAGUUAAACGAGUUAGAGAAAAAGUUACAGGAAGGGAAAUGUGAAGAAUCGCGUUUAAAUGAAAAUGUUGUUGAACUUCAAAAAACUGUCGAACGUUUAGAAGAAGAAGUCAAACGUUGUAGAGAGACGAGACAGAGUUUAGAUUCAAAAGUUAAUAAUUUGCGGGAGAAUAUAAAAGAAUUAAUAAAUGAGAAAGAAGAGAUGCAUGCAAAAUUUCAGCACGCUGCAAAAAGGUUGCAGGCAUUGCAGCAAGCUUUACAAAAUGCAACAGCGGAUUUUGAAAGGCAGCAGAGAUGCACCAAAAAGGCGGUAUCCGAUGCUGCAGCUCAAUGCGAAAAAAUAAAUACUGACAGGUCAGUUAGUGAACUCGAAAGAUCGUCGAAAGAAUUAAAAGCGAAAAUUCGUCAAAUAGAAUUGCAGUUUGGAACUAUAGAUAAAUUACGCAAGGAAUUGAAACAAAAAGAAGCAAAAUUUGGGAAAAAUUUACAAUUGAUUUCUAAAAUGGAUAUAAGUUAUAAAUUACAACUAAAACGACUGGAAGAACGAAAGCAAUCGUUUUCUGAAAUGAAACAUAUGUACGGAAAAAACAUUCAAAGAUCAUUUUCAAAUGUACUCGCUUUGCGAAAUAAGAAGGGUACCAUAAACAUUGAUCACGGACGAAAAAAACUUGAACUUGAAGUGCACUCUCAAAAUGAUAAUAAAAAACCAAUAAAUGAUGCAAGAUCAUUGUCGGGCGGCGAAAGGUCGUAUUCGACUGUUGCUUUCAUUUUAGCACUCUGGGACUGUACCGGUUUACCCUUUUACUUUCUUGAUGAAUUUGACGUUUUUAUGGAUAAAGUAAAUCGACGAGUUAUAAUGGACAUUCUUUUGGAUCAUGCAAAAACACAUCCACAAAGUCAAUUUGUAUUUCUAACCCCAUUAGAUACAUCUAAUGUUCUUAAAGAGGAUCACAUAACGAUCCAUCAGUUAGCAGAACCAGAGAGGGUAGGGUAAGAUUUCGCUGUGUGUUACCGAUGAGAUGAAUCCCUUUGUGAGAUGAAUGGUAGUGCCCCGGACCACGUAAAUCUACCCUACUUUAAGGGUAUCUUUA